AUGUCUCCGUUAUAAUAGCAUUGACAUUCUAAAAUGGAUAACUUUGGGAUAGCUUUUACACUGGUUAUACUAUUAACAUUGAAAUCUGCCAAUGGACAACAAGAUCCUUGUUUACCAGAUUACCACCAAAACAUCACCCACAUUGGUCAAAGGUUCGAAAAGAACAGCGACUGUGGGGGAUCACAUGUUAGCGAUUUCAGACUUGCAUACACAUGGUAUUAUGCCGGACCUGACCCAAUGCUUACUACGCCCCCAGACAACCUUUGCAGAUGUGGAACAAAUCUUCCCAUUUGGUUAAAUGGUUUGCUUCCAUCUGUCGACGUCGGAAUUGUUCGUCGAAACGCUUGUUUGAAAUACGCAAACCCUUGUGAAAAUGUCUUACAUAUAGACGUGAAGAACUGUGGAGAAUAUUUUGUCUACAGGUUGCCACCAACAAAAGAAGAUGGCUCAGGUUUCUGUUUCGGUAUCAAUCCACCCUGGUCACCUGAAGAAACGCAACAUACAACAGAUGUAAUAACACAUGCACAAACGUCGACAGAUAUGUCUACUACGGUUACAUCAACAUUUGCUUCGACAGCGUCCAUAUCAAUAACGAAUUCCCUUCCUUCAACACAAUUAUUGACAACAAAAUUGCCUGAUAUAUUUCCAUCGAACAAAACCUUCCACGCAGCUAUACUUAUUCCUACGAUUAAUAUAACACAAACGUCUGCUGUUGUGCAAGUGAACCUGACAUAUGAUCCUCGCCAUGUCGCUACCAGUGUUCUUAUAACAUAUGGUUCCCAACUGAAUAUGACAUUUCCUUUGCAACAGAAUUACUCGGUUUUAAACCUUACGGACCUACAGCCAUUACAUGUGUACUACAUAAAAGUAAUUGUCAAUGUAUCUAACUCUCAGCAACAUGUGAUCAAGAACGAAACGUUUAUUACUCCAUCCCCAGAUGAACAUAUAUCGCUUUUCUUUCUAUCAAGCGAAUUGUCCGCAAAUAUCACAUUUACUAUUUCACUCAACUACGACCUGGUUUCACUACCAACAUACCUACAAAUUUUGAUUGAAAAUCAGCUACAUACAAAAGUACGAAUCAAUACCAAUCCAUUUACAUACAUUGAAACAAAUGUUAAGAAGGAAAUUCUUUAUGAUUUCCGUGUGUUGCAUCGGAUAGCGGACAACGAGUACAUUAUAGCCGAAAAACGUUUCCAUUCUGCUCCUACCGUAAGAGCUAUCGAAGGUCGUAAACCCACACCCGCAGGAGAGCAGACAUUUGUUAUGUUUUUGUGCAAUAAAACAUCGGUACAAGUUGAGCACUUGCACGUUGUGUGGACAAUUAAAAGAGGAAAUGUAGAAGCUACUCAUGUAACUCUGACAGACAAUAUUUUAACCGAGAAUACUCUGCGAGAACUAGAUGUGCAACUUCCUUUUCAAUUAUCUUGCAAUCUUGAAAGUCAAAGUAUUGAAGCAGUCCCCUCUGACAGAUUCUUUGCAGGAGUGCAAAUUCUCACACCAGUUUUAAAGAUGAACAGAAAUGAAACUACAAAAGUCCAGUUAGUUCCAACGAUACCAAUUGGUUGUCUACAAAUAUCAGGACAUUGUCAUGUUGUGUUUGAUAUUACCAUUCCCGUUCACAAACAGUGCACAGGUUUAUCGACACGAGAUUGCACAGUUAUUUUAAGCGGUACUCAAGUUGGACAAAUACACAAUUUCUCAAUACAGUCAUCGCAGGAUGGCCAGUAUGUCUGGCCCAAACCGAAUAAUUAUAGCAUUAUGAUGCGAUCACGACACUCCUUGGGCACAUACAUAUGGAAUAAUUAUGUUUUGCCUCCUAUAAAGGUAGAAGUGCUUCCAAUAAGUAAUUCUUACUGGCAGGGAAAACGAUGUGAUGCCCUUAACGACCCACACAUGUUCACAUUUGACAGAAGGCAAUACGAACACCACGAGACUACAGCGGAUGAAUAUGUUUUGUAUCGUCAUCAGCAGCUGCCAGCUGAGAUACAUCAUAAAUUGGAGAGAUGCAAUGCGGGAGCAAUGUGUAACUGCGGUAUUGCCGUCAAAGCUGGAAGAGACGUUUACAUUAUAAGCACAUGUGAAAACCGUCUUCAAAUUGGCUACACGCAAUGUGAUGACAACGUGUUAGUUGCCAAAAAAGAAACAGAUACCAGUUAUAAGAUAUACCUUCCACAUGGCACUUUCGUUCAAGCCCGACUCGAUCGAGUUCCUUAUGCAAACUCAGUUGGAACAAUGAUCGUUUCUAUAUCUGUGUUCCCAUCGGACUACGACCAAGACGGCCGAAGCAUGGGAUUGUGUGGAUCGCUUGAUAAUAAUUCCACAAACGAUUUUCAUGAUCGCGUUGGAAACACAGUGAACGGCAGAAUUGAGUUUAUUAAUCAUUGGCGUGUUAGUCCAUCAGAAAGCUUGUUCAAAAAUGUCGUUCGUGAACACGAUCCGUGGCUUCACCCAGUAUGCACGUGUAAUCCUUUUGAUGGUGAUACGAGCAAUAAUCUUACAUGCAAGUUGGCUUCUGAUGGUGCCUGUACACCUGGUAGACGCGUGGGAUUUGACACGUGUAAACUCGAAAAGAACAUCACCCUGGUGUCACACGUCAACGAAAAUGUACCUGAAAUAACUUUAAGGACAUUGUCAUCCAUCCCAAAACAGGUGACGACCACCACCCUUACCUUUGGACAUUCAACAGCAAUGCCAACUUAUACGCCAACAACAAUCACCCCCAGUACAACAUGGAAUGAAUCAUCUGCACGAGACUUUUGUAGGAAGCACAUAAACCAAACGCGCGUGUUUCAACUUUGCUCGAAAGUUCCAAACACAGAUACAAUCCGGUCAAUGGAGACUUGCGUUCAAGACAUUUUGAUAACAAACAGUGCGCACUGGACCGUUAUUUCAAAACAGUCAAUGCAAGAUAGUUGCCUCAGUGAAGCGCGUCGGGGUACAAAACUGCGGGAACAGGAAAUGGAUCACCAAACCCCUGACCCAACGCGUCCUACUUCAGUGUUCGUUAGUACUUCCAAGACUAACCGCCCUGGUGCCAACUCGUCUAGAACGAUAUCUCCAAAUUCUUCAACUACUCAAUCACAAAGUCAUAUGUCCGAAAAUACAAUACCACACAGUGCUUUUUAUGAAAGCUUCAAAAUUACACAAAUAGUAAAUGAAAUUGAAGAAGUUGCGUGUCCUAAUUCGUGUUCGCUACAUGGAGAUUGUGUCAACGGUUCAUGUCAAUGCAAGGAAGGGUUCGGAACCGACGAUUGCUCUUUGAAUAUCCAUGAGCCUCCUAGAAUUGCGAGUAUUAUACAAGGCAACCUUUGUGAUUCGGCUGUUACAACUUGUGAACAGAUGUUUAUACAAGGUGGCAUAUUUGCCGGAAGUACUAUUAAAUGUCACGUGACUGAAUUAAGGUUAUUUGAGGAUAAUACAAAGGCGACAGAGUCCUUCGUUGUGCCGGGAAUAACGCAAUCUAUUAUUGAAGUUAUUUGCCCUUUGCAUUCCCACCAACGACGCAAACGAUCGGUUAUUCGAAACACCAGAGUUCCACUCUUUAGCGUCUACAAUGUGUCUGUCAGUAACGACGGUUUACAUCAUGCUCAAAGCGUUGAAAUGGUAGUGUACGAUUCAAGGUGUCAACUCGUGUACAAUGAUUCAACCGGUCAUCUUGUUGCGAUUAAGAGUGGAUUUUGCUUCAUUGACGGACGAUGUAUUAAACACGACGUCAUCGGAUCUGAGGUUUGGGAGGUUUGUCGUCCGGAUCGAUCGGUUUACUCGUGGUCCGAUGCAAGAGCAACAACAAGAAGUCAGAUUUCAACGGUAAAACUGAACAUAAAAGCCGAAAGUAAGACGUGGCUUUAUGUGAUUAUAUGCAUCUCAGUUGCUGUCAUCGUAACCAUUGGCAUAACCUUUUUUUUCUGCAACAAGAAACGUAAAAACAAAAGGCUGAAAAAGCGUGUCGAGGCUGCAGCCGACUUGCCGAAAGAUCUUGAUUUCGUAGAGGACGAAUAUGCGCAGAUUACUGAUAUAGACACUAACAUAGACCAAGUGUUAAUGCAGCCUGAAAAUGUAGUUAAUGUCUACAACGAGCCUGGCGAUGGAUAUUAUACUUUGCAACAUGAUGCGAUUGGGGAUGAAUAUCGACGUUAUGGCGAUCUUGGAUUUAACGAUCGACCAGGCUAUGAAUCAUUGUCAAUGCAUCAUAAUGGUGAUCAUGGCUACGAAAGAUAUAAUGCAGAUGGAGUUUUCAGUAUCCAACGUGCAGGACCAACGUACCCUUACUUUUAUGGGGCAAAUAAUGAAAAUACGGCUGCAAGACCUGUAAAUGACAAUGAAGGCUAUGAACAACCGGAUACUCGGCCACUUCCAUAGUUGCUCUAUAUUGAACGCUGAAUAAUCAAAGGAAUGCAAAAAGUUGAACAAGACAUAACUAUAUUUAUUAAAAUUUGAAUCAUACUUUGAUUGAUUUGUAUGCAAAGGUUGAAAUAUUCAUGAUGCAUUUGUAUUUAGUAUCUGUGUUAGAUUAGAAGAACAUCUAUGAUGUGUUUGAUUAUAUAUAAUUACAUAAACUUUUGACGGUAUAUGUUUAUUGGAGGGGUUAGUAUUUUUUUAAAUAUAUAAUCGAGUGGAGAUAGAAUCUUUAAAAGCAAAUUCGUAACCUUUACUCAAUAUUCCCCUUGUAUUGCAUAUAUUGUGGGUAAAUGAAAUAAGACAAUAGGUUGAAAUGGUUAUCAAAAUUAUAAGACAGUGUAUUAAAGCACUGCUUUCGAUUUUACAUAUAUAUGUGUUAGUAUAGUAUUAUUGAUUUGAAUACGACAACCCUCCAAGUUAAAUUGCUCAGAUUGUUUGACCAAUUCAUGAAUUCUUACUAAAUCCGACCAUUCCCUUGCAAACUCUAACGAUUUCAUUAUUCUACACACUUUACAAGAAUUUAAAUGACUACACAAUAAAGAAAAUGCAUACCUUCUUCAAAUCUUGUUUAACUAAAUUAUCACCAAUAUUAUAUUCAUUUUUCACCCCUGUAUAUUAUUAUUUUAAGGGACUUAACCAAAUCUUGAGCAAAACUACAUUUAUCAAACUACCAUCUUGUUGAAAUUUAGGAAGCUGAAUCCAUCGUCAUCUUGUCCCAGACUACGAGUAGAAUACUAUUCUGGGUGUUCUGCUUUUUCUUGUCAUUAACCAAACAAACAGAUUGUUCUAUCAA